AUGGAAUAUAAUGCUACUUCAGUGAAUCAUGUGAAGCAGGUGAACUAUGAAAGACAAUGUUAUACAGUGAUUGAAGUACUGGAUUUGAAUGUAGGGGAUCCAGAUCUUAUUUUCAUUAAGUCACAAAUCUCAGGGAGCAGGCAAAGCGGCGGCAAAGUAAGCGGCAAGAGCUGGCUUUUCCUGGGCUCGGCACCCUCUCUUAACUUGGGAACUGUCCACCAGCGCGAGCUCCUGAAAAUGAACCUCCCGGCGCUCUACCUGUUCGGAUUGUUUCUCAGUAGCGGGCGAGCACUUCAAGUGUCAAUUUCCCUCAGCAAGGUAGAAGUCAGUGUGGGUGUAUCCAAAUUCUUCACAUGUACAGUAAUUGGUGAACCUGAGAGUAUAGAUUGGUAUAAUCCACAAGGAGAGAAGAUCAUUUCUAAUCAAAGAGUAGUUGUGCAGAAAGAAGGUGUCAGAUCACGAUUAACCAUUUACAAUGCCAAUGUGGAAGAUGCGGGAAUAUAUAGGUGUCAAGCAACAGAUUCUUUAGGGUUUAGUCAAGAAGCUACUGUUGUUUUGGAAAUUUACCAAAAGCUCACAUUCCAAGAUGUCUCAUCACCACAAGAGUUUGUACAGGGAGAAGAUGUACAAGUCAUUUGCCGUGUUACUAGUUCACCUGCACCUAUUGUCAGCUGGUUAUAUCAAAAUGAGGAAGUCUCAAAUAUUGCUGACAAUAGAUUUGCCAUGUUGCCAAACAACAAUCUUCAAAUUCUUAAAAUUAAUAAAAGUGAUGAAGGAGUAUACAGAUGUGAAGGAAGAGUCGAAGCCAGAGGAGAAAUUGACUUUCGGGAUAUCAUUGUAACUGUAAAUGUUCCUCCAACCAUUACUUUGCUCCAAAAGUCCUUUAAUGCUACGGCAGAUCGGGGAGAGGCAGUUACUUUGUUCUGUAGAGCUACUGGUUCUCCUGAACCUGAAAUCAACUGGUAUAGGAAGGGCAAACAUAUUGAAGAAAGUGAUAAAUAUACACUAAGAGGAAACAAUAUGGAACUAACCAUAAAAGAUAUACAAAAUAUUGAUUCUGGUCCUUAUAAUUGUGAAGCAAGAAAUAAAGCAGGAAAAAUGACAAAUCAGACUUUCAUGCAAGUUUUUGUACAGCCUCAAAUAAUACAACUUAAAAAUGAAACUACCUUUGAAAAUGGUCAAGCUACUCUGGUAUGCGAGGCAGAAGGAGAACCAGUUCCUGAAAUCACUUGGAAAAGAGCCAUUGAUGGAAUAACUUUUUCUGAAGGUGACAAGAGUCCAGAUGGUCGAAUAGAAGUCAAAGGACAACAUGGAAGAUCAUCACUACAAAUUAAAGAUGUGAAAUUGACAGAUUCAGGAAGAUAUGACUGUGAAGCUGCAAGUAGAAUUGGUGGGCAUCAAAAGAGCAUGUACCUCGAUAUUGAAUAUGCUCCAAUUUUUGUGUCAAAUCAAACAAUUUAUUACUCUUGGGAAGGAAAUCCCAUCAACAUAAGUUGUGAUGUUCUGUCUAAUCCAGCAGCAUCUAUUCAAUGGAGAAGAGGAAAAUUGGUUUUACCUGUAAAAAAUACAACUCAUUUAAAGACUCAUAUUAGUGAAAACAAAUUGAUAUUAGAGUUUGAUCCCACAUCAGACAUUGACUUUGGACAUUACAACUGUACAGCUACAAAUAGUAUAGGGAAAAGAUAUCAAGAAUAUAUCCUUGCCUUGGCUGAUGUACCAUCCAGUCCACAUGGAGUGAAAAUUGUAGAUGUAUCACAGACUCUUGCUAAGGUAUCUUUUAAUAAACCAGAUUCUCAUGGAGGUGUCCCUAUUCAUCAUUACCAAGUGGAUGUAAAAGAAGUCACUUCAGAAACAUGGAAAGUUGUUCCUUCACAUGGAGUUCAGACUAUGGUUAUUCUCAGCAAUCUGGAACCAAAUACAACAUAUGAAAUAAAAGUUGCUGCUGUAAAUGGAAAAGGGCAAGGAGAAUACAGCAAAAUUGAGAUAUUUCAGACUUUACCAGUUCGUAAGUAA